AUGAUGAUGAUGAUGAUGAUGAUGGUGAUGAUGGUGAUGGUGAUGGUGAUGAUAGUGGUGAUGGCCCUGGGGACGCUGUUUCGAGCAAGAAGCAAGUGGACUUGAUCGAAGUGGACGAUGUCCCUCUUUUUCGUGCUCUGAAUGAACGCAUUGUGGAGAUCUCAAUGGAAGAAGGGAAAGGUGACGGCACUGUUGGCCAGCUCAUUCGAACUCAAGUUGACGUGAAGGCGGGCGUGUAUGAAGGUGGUUUCAAGGUGUGGGAAUGUACCUUUGAUCUCCUUCGAUACUUGCAACGCACCUCCUUCAACUUUGAAGGAAAAUCGGUGAUUGAGCUCGGCUGCGGUGCCGGGUAUCCUGGCCUGUUAGCCCUGGCACACGGAGCUGAACACGUCGACUUUCAAGACUAUAACCGCUGUGUCAUCGACAAGUGGACGGUCCCGAACGUCCUGGCGAACAGCAACGCAUCCGCCCUGUCACCUCCAACGCCAAACCUCGAUCCUUCACGCUGCCGCUUCUUCGCAGGCGAUUGGGCAAACCCAACUGACACGUUCCCGACGCACUAUUACGACGUGGUGAUGAUGGCGGAAACGGUGUAUGCGCAGUCGAGUCUCCAGCCGUUGGCUGCGCUCGUUUCUCGCUGCACGCGGCCAGGCGGCGUCGUUCUCUUGGCGGCCAAGGCGUGCUACUAUGGCGUUGGUGGGAGUGUUGCUGCGUUCACAAAGGAGAUGAAAGCGAGAAGCGAUGUCUCCUGGACAGCAGAGGAGGUGUGGACCACGAGCAGCGGAUUGCGUCGUGUUAUUAUGAAGUACACACGCCAGCCAUAACACCGACGCGGUGUCUGCAUGUUGCUGCUGAUUGAGAUCACACGAUAGGCUCGGGUGUGCUUUGCGUUGUGCUUUCCCAUACUGCUGAUUCACACCAUAUUGCGGCUGUACAAUUACAUCUGUUUCAUAGCAAGUUGAAUAAAAUCGAGGCCUAAGCUCAUUACACACAGCGACACC